AUGGCCACGACAAAUGGUGGCCACUCGACCGGAGCAGGCAAAGACGAGGCUGAACUUCGUCGCCGAAAUGUUGCCAGCUAUGAAAAGGCCAAUGGGCAGCACGUUUACAAGCUUGAGGCUGAAGAUACAAAGAAAUUGCAAAAGCCGAACGCGAGCUUACUGCAAUUCCUUGACGAGUGGGAGUUUUUGAUUGCCCCCAUCAUUUUUACAGCGUUUGCCUUGUUCACCAGGCUCUGGCGGAUAGGUCUCUCUCCCAUUGUCACCUGGGAUGAGGCUCAUUUUGGCAAAUUCGGUUCACACUACCUCAAGCGGGAAUUCUACUUCGAUGUCCACCCUCCCCUGGGAAAGAUGCUGGUGGGCUUGUCCGGAUACCUGGCGGGAUACAAUGGAUCAUUCGAGUUCAAGUCCGGCGAGACAUACCCCGAAGAAGUGAACUAUACCUUCAUGCGCAUUUUCAAUGCCAUGUUCGGCGUCGUCACUGUCCCGCUUGCAUACUACACCGCACGCGAACUGAACUUCAAACGGACUGCGGUCUGGCUAGUCACUUUGAUGGUACUGUGCGAGAAUUCGUACGCCACCAUCUCUCGGUUCAUUCUCCUCGACUCGAUGUUGCUCUGCUUCACCUUCACCACGGUCUUGUGCUGGGCAAGAUUCCAUCGACUUCAACACAAGAGUUUCUCCGUCGAAUGGUUCAUCUGGCUUUUCCUGACCGGCUUGAGCAUCGGAUGUGUCUGCAGCGUCAAAUGGGUGGGACUUUUCGCUACGGCGUUGGUUGGCCUUUAUACCGCCGAAGAUCUCUGGAACAAGUUUGGUGACCUGAAGAUGCCCAAGGUGGAACUUGCAACCCACGUGGUAGCUCGCGUUGUGGGAUUGAUUGUCAUUCCCAUCAUCGUCUACAUGUUCUCCUUCUGGGUUCACUUCUUGAUCUUGGAGAACUCGGGACCGGGCGAUGCGCAGAUGUCGUCCCUCUUCCAAGCCAACCUCCGCGGCACUGAAGUUGGGAGAGAUUCACCGCUUGAAAUUGCGCUCGGGUCCAAGGUCACUCUAAAGAAUAUGGGCUACGGCGGAGGUCUACUGCAUUCCCAUGUUCAGACAUACCCGGAAGGAAGCGGUCAGCAGCAGGUCACCUGUUACCACCACAAAGACGCCAACAACGACUGGUUUUUCUACCCCAACCGAAGCCAGCCUGACUAUGAUCCACAGGGACCUUUGAGCUUCAUCGCCGACAAACAGGUUGUCCGCCUGAUCCAUGCUCAGACCGGCCGAAAUCUCCAUUCACAUGCGGUCGCAGCCCCUAUCACAAAGGCGGACUGGGAGGUCUCCUGCUACGGCAACGUUACUGUCGGCGACGAAAAAGAUCAUUGGCAGAUCGAGGUCGUUAGCGACGCCGCCUCUUCGGAUAGGUCUCGCAUCCGGACUUUGACCACGGCCUUCAGGUUGAAGCAUGUGGAACUCGGAUGCUACCUUCGCGCUGGAACUGUCAAUCUUCCUCAGUGGGGUUUUAAGCAGAUCGAAACAACCUGUGCGAAGAAGCCAAGCAUCCGGGACGUUUAUACUCACUGGAAUGUCGAAUCCCACGUCAAUGAAAGACUUCCUCCUGGGAAUGCCGCAAAUUACCGAUCGCCAUUUUUCAAGGAUUUCAUUCAUCUCAAUGUCGCCAUGAUGACAUCGAAUAAUGCCCUCGUUCCUGAUCCCGACAAGCAAGAUGAUCUCGCGUCCAAGUUCUGGCAGUGGCCCAUUUUGCAUGUGGGACUCCGGAUGUGCUCAUGGGAGGAUCAUAUCACCAAGUACUUCUUGCUCGGCAACCCGAUCGUAUACUGGGGCUCGACGGCUUCAUUAGGUGUGGUUGGCCUUAUCGUUGCGUGGUAUUUGGUUCGUUGGCAGCGUGGCUACAACGAACUGAGCCCGGCGGACAUUGACCAGAUCCACUACUCCGGCAUCUACCCUGUGAUCGGAUGGUUCUUCCACUACUUUCCCUUCUUGAUCAUGGGCCGGGUCACCUACGUCCAUCACUACUACCCGGCUCUGUACUUUGCGAUCCUGGCGGCGGGAUUCUCCCUUGAUUGGACCACACAACGCCUCAACCCCAAGGUGCGAUGGGGCGUCUACUUCAUCUUGUACUCGGUGGUUAUCGGAUUGUUUGUUCUCUUCAGCCCGGUUGUGUUCGGCAUGCAAGGAAGCAAUCGACAGUAUGCAUACCUCAGAUGGUUUGAUCGAUGGAGGAUUUCGGACGCCAAAAUGUGGGAUGAUGCUUGA